UUGCCACUCUUGCAACACUUUCACGCGGUGGCAACGCCGUUGCGUAGUAUAUACAGAAAUCAAAUAAGAAUUUUUUGCAAAUCGGAAACGCGCUUAAAUAACGAUAAUAACAAUAAUAAAAGGCAUACAAAAACAAUAAAAAUUCGAUAGCGAAAUGAAACUGGAGGAGCUAUUGACAAAGGGUGCACCGUCGCCGCAAGAGGACGAUGACGAUGACGAAAAGGCGGAGUCGAAAACAAAAGCCACAAAUGCCUCUGAUGAGGGGGUGGAGAACGCUGAAGAUGCUGCCGAGGAGUCUGCUGAAAAAGAAAGCGCAACGGGCAAGAAAAAAGGCACACGCAAAAAACGUUCGCUCAAUUGGGAAGAAGCUGAGCGCGGCCUCCUCUUAGAGGUGAUCAAAACAAAAGUAGCAUUCGUUGAGAAUCGCAGCGUUGAUGCCAAAAGCAUCAAGGCCAAGAGACUGGCCUGGUCGCAAAUAACCAAACAAUUUAAUGCGCUGAACUUUCGACAUCGACUGCUCGAACAAAUUCAGGUGCAAUGGCGCAGCAUGAAGAACUCGGCGAAGCGUGAACAUCAGCAAAAGCAACCUAAAUCGGAGGCGCUAGAGGGCAUGCGCAUGAUUGAGUUUAUGGAGGAACUACAAAAGGAUCCGGUGUCGUCGCGCAGCCAAACGCGCAGUGGCACCAAUGGAGCACUCAAAAAAGAGCUACUUGAACUGGACGAGGACGAAGAUAUGCCGCUGGCUGCUUUGCCGAACUCCACAAAUGCCAGCGAAGAUACAUUACAAACUUCAACCAUGGCCAUACCCUCACCACCGCCCUCCACCGCUGGUGGCGACUCACAACAGGAGAGCGCAUCCAAUCCAUUACAAUCAGCGUCCAAUCAACGGCGCAAACGUGUUAAAGCCAAAGCCUUGCUAAACAUGAAAGAGGACACAGACACAGGCAACGGCACAGCAACACAGGACAUUGACAACGAAAAGACUUCACCCAUACGCAAAAGACGACAGCGCAAGCAUUCACAAGCUCAAUCAUUGCUCUCCGAGGAUGAGCUACCAGCGGCCAGUGGAGCAGUUGGACCAGCCUAUACGCCAAUAGCAGCAGCUGCUGCAGCAGCGUCAGCGUCAAAUGAAGGCAUCAUAAGCUGUCUGGACAUGGAGGAGAAAUAUAAACAGCAGUUGUUUAAGCUGCUGAAACAAGCGCGCCUUGCCGAGAUCGAUUAUGCACGGCGUGAGCAUGAGCAGAAGCUGCGCUUCGAGCAAAUGGAGCAGGAACUCAAGAUGUCAUACUAUCGCCAGGAGCAGGAUCUCAAGCUGCGGCAUAUGCGCGAGGAGCAUGACAUACGAUUGCGUCAACAGCGACGCGAGCACGAGGCGCGACUCACUGUUUACAAUCUCAAUGGCAGCGCCUACAACGGCAAUGGCGAAGUGGAACAGCAGCAGCAACAAGAACAGCAACAGCAGCAGCAGCAAGUGGCGGAACCGCAGUUACCAUUGCCACAUGGUAUGCGCUGCAAUGCCAAAACAGACUAUAAUAAUGUGCAUCUGGACAGUGGAACAAAUCAACCACAGCCACAGGCAUCCACAUCAUCAAGCAGCGGCAGCACGGAAGCAGCGCUGGCGCUCAAUGCCAAUUCCUUGGCUUACAACUAGUAGUUGUGCACACCCACACACACACUCACACUCACAAAUAAUACGCAUUGCCAGCAUUUAGUGGACGACAAGUUGAACUUAGCUUGAAAUGCGUUUAGUAAAAUGUAGCCGACUCUCAGAAGAAAACUGUCUCAAAAGACAAACUCAGACUAAUCCAUGAAUAUAUAUAUAUAGAAAUAUGAAUACGUAUUCAUAUGCGAAUAUACUCACGUUGCCACAGACAUAACUCGAAUGGACUGUUCUCUUUUUUUUUUCUUUUUAAUUUGACAGACAGCCGAACAACAAGAAACUUUGCAUUUCUUUCAAUAUUAGUAGUAUUAUUAUGUAUUAUGAAUAUGAAUUUUACAAGCGGUUGUGUCGCAGCAAACACGAAAAAUACUCAAACUCGAAGUAUCAAUUAAGAAGAAAUUUCAGCAUAAGUUUUCCACAUUCUCUCACUGAAGUCAUCCUACAUCAGAUCCCAGUCAGUAUUCUAUUUUUGCCACUGUAUUAGAUUUCCUAUUUGAUACCCAUCAA